AAAAUUAGGUUAUAACGUUUAUUUACUGUUUUUUAGGUUAUCUGUAGGUUUUUAAAAUAAAAAAUUUCGUUUUUAUAUAAAUUUUCAAAUUUUCUGAAAUGUCUCAUAGUUUACACGGUACUUUUGUAUCUGAGAAAAUUAAUAAAAUACGUUGGAGACCGGAUUCGUAUAAUUCUCAUUUUUUCGUUACCGGUAGCAUAGAUAACGUUGAAAACAAUAUAAAACUGUGGGAUUUUUGUGAAAAUGUAGAGGAAGAUGAUAUUUACCCUUUUUUAGUGUAUAACCUUCCUUAUUGUGGAGAUAUUACAGAAAUUAAGUUUAUAAAUUCAGAUUUCUUUGCAAGUUCAUCCUCAAGCGGAUCUGCAUACUUAACUAGAGUCAUUCCGUCUUAUUCUGAAAGUACAAGCUUGAAAAACGAAAUUGAGUGGAAAAACAUUCAUCAAUUUAAAAAUGGUGAUGCUAGUCCUUGCACAUCUGUUACCGUAUAUGAUAAUGACAUAGUUACCGUUGGUGAAGAUGGUUCUAUUAAUUUGCUCAACGGAAAGUCUUCUAAAAUUCUUAGGAAAAUUGACGAUGCUGACAGUUGCUCCAUUCAGUGCGUGAUUUUUCUAAAACACAAUGAAAUUUUAACAAGUAAUUUAAGAGGCCAAAUGAAAAUUUGGGAUUUAAGAGUACAAGAUAGCAAUAGACCUACUAGUACAUUUAUGAUCAGUGGAGAACAAGUUACUCCCACUUGCCUCACUUACCAUCCCACACAAAGGCAUUUAGUAAUAACAGGAGAUGACUUAGGAGCUUUAACUACAUGGGAUCUCCGUCAAAAUACCUAUCCCAUUAAUGUUCUCAAUGGUCAUGAAGGGGCUAUUUCUGAAGUACAGUUUAAUCCAGAGUAUCCUGAUCAACUAUUUAGUUGUUCAAGUGCAGGAGAAAUCUGGCACUGGACUACCAAAGGCGAGGCUGUUCCUUCACUAUUGACUCCCAAUGUGGAGACCAACGUUUGGCUGGCGCCGGACAACGUCAAGAAUAAAUUGGAUGUGUUCACUUUGAUGCCCACUUUGGGAAAACCUAUUAAUUCGUUAGAUUUGAAUAGAAAUAGAGUAAUUUGCGGGUGCGAUAAUGAAGCUAUUUAUUUAAUUAAUGGUGUUAAUUUGUAAGAUGAAUAAUUGUAAUUUAUAUUAUUUUUUAAAUAAAAGCUUUUUUUUU